UUUUUUAUUUUUUUGCUUCCACUGCACACUAACUACGUUUGUUUAUAUUCUUUUUUAACACCUUUUUUCUAUUUUUUAAAAAAACAUUAUCUAGUCAGCCAUGGGAAAGAUUAAGAAGAAGUUUUCGGAGGGAGCGUCAAAGACAUACACCACGCGCAACCGUGCGCUCAAGAAGCUGCAGGUCACGCUGGUUGACUUCCGCCGUCUUUGCAUCCUCAAGGGUGUUUACCCAGUUGAGCCGCGCAGCCGCAAGAAGGCCAACAAGGGAUCCACAGAGCCUACGACAUUCUACUACUCCAAAGACAUUCAGCUCCUCAUGAGCGAGCCCCUGAUCAACAAGUUCCGCGAUCACAAGGUUUUCCUGCGCAGACUCAAGAACGCUCUCGGAAAGCGGGAUCUCACCAGGGCCAAGUCCCUUGAGAAGAACCGCCCCGACUAUACCCUGGACCAUUUGGUCAUCGAGCGCUACCCGACUUUUGUCGAGGCCCUGCGUGAUCUCGACGACGCCCUGUGCAUGGUGUUCCUGUUCGCCACCAUGCCUGUGGCCGACACCGUCGAUAGCAAGGCCGUCGAGGAGUGCCGGCGCUUGUCGACCGAGUUUAUGCACUACGUUAUUCACACUCACAGCUUGCGCAAGGUCUUCUUGUCCAUCAAGGGUAUCUACUACCAGGCCGAGCUCCAGGGCCAGACCCUGACGUGGGUUGUUCCCUACCAGUUCAGCCAGAAUGUUCCUCGCGAGGUCGACUUCCAGGUCAUGAGCACCUUCUUGCAGUUCUACCGCACCCUGUUGGGCUUUGUCAAUUACCGCCUCUACACCACCUCCAACCUGGCCUACCCGCCCAAGGACAACGCUGCCGGACUCGGGUCGCUGCGGAUUGAGUCGAAGCGCGUCGAGGAUUUGAUUAAAAACGCUCAGUCUGCCACCGACGACAGCGCCAUGGUCGAGGACGACGAGGCUACCGAGGCUACUGAGGCCGAGAAGCCCGUCGAGAUCACUGCCGAGAUGAAGGCUCGCCUAAACACCCUGGGCAGCAAGAUUAAGUCGAUUGUUGCCGCCACGCCGGCCACUGCGGCGCCCUUGUACGACGCGCUCAAAAACAUGCUUUUCGGCAAGCAGGUAUUCUUCCUGUCGCGCGAGGUGCCCCGCUACUCGCUCGAUGCUAUCACCAUCCAGAUUGCUGAUCGCCCGACCCAGGGCCACCAGUUCCUUGAUCGCAAGUACGUGCAGCCGCAGUGGGUCUACGACUGCAUCAACGCCCGUUGCCUGCUGAACGUCGACGACUACCUGGUUGGCCAGCCCCUGCCCGCGCAUCUCUCGCCCUUUGUCGAGUAUGCUGAGGGCGACUACGUCCCCGAGGCCGCGACCAAGAUGGCCGCCGCUGCGGGCUUUGAGGGCGAAGUCACCAACCUCCAGCCCGAGGACCGGGACUCUUCCAGCGAGGACGAAGACGAGGGCCAGGAGAACGUCGAGGGCGAGAGCGCCGACGAGGACGAGGCAGAGUCCGACGACGAGGAUGAUGAGGAUGCCAAGGUCGAGAAGCAGUACCAGAAGCAGCUUUUGGCCGAGCGGGCCGGUCUCACUUCUCCGAGUACCAGCAGAAGCAGGGUGCCAAGCCCAAGUCCAACAAGCGACCGGCUGCCUCCAACAAGCGGACCAAGGCUGAGAUUGAGGAGGAGGAGCGCGAACGCAUUGCCAUUUCUAUGCUCAGCAAGAAGAAGCGCAAGCGCAACAAGGAUAUCAACACCCUUAUGGCGCGCAAGGCUGAGAUCGCCAAGGCAAACAAAAAGAA